CUACCUACCUACCUACCUACCUACCCACCUCCUCCCUCCCUCCGUGUUCUCAGUCCCCGAGGUGUCGCAGCGGCUUGGUACAAAUUCCAGAAACACAUCCCAGUCUCCCCUGCGCUUCCAAUAUGGAGGAACUGGCCGUAGAAGUGCGCGGAUCCAACGGAGCUUUUUAUAAGGGAUUUGUCAAAGAUGUGUUUGAAGAUUCAGUUUUCAUUACUUUUGAGAAUAAUUGGCAACCAGCACGUCGGAUACCUUUCUGUGAUGUGAGGUUACCACCCCCAUCUGAUCUCAAAAAGGAAAUAAGUGAAGGAGAUGAGGUUGAGGUUUACUCGAGAGCAAAUGAACAUGAGCCCUGUGGUUGGUGGCUUGCUAAGGUUCGGAUGAUGAAAGGAGAUUUUUAUGUCAUUGAGUAUGCUGCCUGCGAUGCAACCUACAAUGAAAUUGUUACUUUUGAACGAUUGCGUCUAGUGAAUCCAAGUAAGGCAAUUACAAAGAACACGUUCUUUAAGUGCACAGUUGAUGUUCCAGAUGAUUUAAGGGAAGCCUGUGCAUAUGAAAAUGCACAUAAAGAUUUUAAGAAGGCAACUGAGGCAGACUGCGUUUUCUAUAAUGCUGACACUGGUCAGUUGUUGGUUUUGUCCACCAAAGAGGCUACAGUGAAGAGAGUUAGCAUCCUUAGUGAUAUGCACUUGCGUAGCAUUCGUACAAAACUCAUGCUUGUGUCCAGAAAUGAAGAGGCAACUAAACAUCUGGAGAGUACCAAACAGCUAGCAGCUGCAUUCCAAGAAGAAUUCACUGUCAGAGAGGAUCUAAUGGGACUUGCAAUCGGAACGCAUGGUUCCAAUAUUCAGCAAGCAAGAAAGGUUUCUGGUGUUACAGCAAUUGAACUUGAUGAAGAAACUGGGACAUUCAGAAUUUAUGGAGAGAAUGAAGAGGCAGUCCAGAAAGCUAGAAGUUUUCUUGAGUUUGUAGAGGAUUCUGUUCAAGUUCCCAGAGAAUUAGUAGGAAAAGUAAUUGGCAAAAAUGGUAAAGUUAUUCAGGAGAUAGUAGACAAAUCGGGAGUAGUUAGGGUGCGAAUUGAAGGUGAUAAUGACAGCAGGCAACCAAGAGAAGAGGGAAUGGUCCCAUUUACUUUUGUUGGAACAAAGGAGAGCAUUGGAAAUGUGCAAGUUCUUUUGGAGUAUCAUAUUUCUUACCUCAAGGAAGUAGAACAGCUGAGACUGGACCGGUUGCUAAUCGAUGAGCAACUACGUCAGAUUGGUAUGGGGUAUAGGCCAGUAUCAAGUCGGCCAGAGAAAGAUAAGGGUUAUAUCACUGAUGAGAGUACUGCUUCACUGCGUGGUAGCAGACCCUAUCGAGGGCGUGGUCGUCGAGGUCCAAAUUACACUUCAGGUUAUGGUACAAACUCUGAAUUGUCAAAUGCUUCGGAGACUGAAUCUGAAAGAAGAGAUGAAUUAAGUGACUGGUCGCAGGCUGCUGAUGAUGAUCGUGAUUCAAGACCACAUCGCGAUAGUCGAAGGCGGCCUACAACAGGGAGAGGUCGAAGUGGUGGACAAUCCAGCAGAGGUCGUGGAGGAGCACGAGGUAACAACUCAUCAGUUAGUUCAGUGUUCAAGGAUCCAGAUAGCAAUCCUUAUAGUUUGCUAGAUAAUGCAGAUAACACAGAAACGGACCAAACAGCAGACACCGAUGGUAGUGAAUCUCAUAGCAGCUCAACCCGCCGCAGGAGGUCACGUAGACGAAGAACUGAUGAUGAUGCUACCAUGAUUGAUGGAAUGACAGAAUCAGACAGUGCUUCAGUUAAUGAAAAUGGUUUGGAUGAUAAUGAAAGGAAGCCACAGCGGCGUAAUCGCAGCCGCAGGCGUCGUUUACGUGGUCAGAUUGAAAGCUCUCUGAGUAGAGACAACCAGCCAGUAACUGUAGCUGAUUAUAUAUCUCGAGCAGAAUCUCAGAGUCGACAAAGGGUCCAGCCAAAAGAGAAUCUUGCAGCCAACAAAAAAGCGGUUACCUUGGUGCAAGACGAUGUGCUUGAUGAAUUCUGUCCUGGUGUCAAGACCGUGAAUGGAACAAGCGAUAUUUCUGAAGCCUCUGCAGACAAGGCCUCUAAUUCCAGUGAAAUCCAAAAAAGAGAUUACCAAGGGGCUGUGGUGAAUGGUGUUUCUUAAGAGUUAUCCACAUUAUCCAGUUCUACAUAAAUUACAUUUUCUAACAGUGCUCGUAAAAGCUUGCCAAAGAUUGAGGAAGGACUGCUAGACUUUAUGACGCACUUUUUUUCUAGUUCCUCCAUACUGGAAUGGAGAUGGGAGGGUUCUUGAAUAAAACACUUGUAUGAAUUUGUUUUUCACUUAGUUGAGUUCUCAAUACAUUAUCAGAUGUUGUGCCUUCAGACAGUAGAUGCAAAAUUAAGAGAUAGCUGGUUGUAGGAAUAUGUUUUAAAACAUACAAAGAAAUUUCAGAUUAUUCUGGAGAUGGAGAUCACUGACAUUUACUGUAAUAUGUUAUGGAGUAAAGCAUUGGCUGCUUUUUGUCAAGUUCUCCAAUAUGCAACCACUUUUUCAAGGAAUAAAACAAUAGAAAAAUACAGUUUCAAAAUUUUGCACUGAAUUGUAAAUUUAACAUUAGGGAUACUAGUCUGGAAACUGGUCAAUUUUACUAAAUCUCUAAGUUUUUUUAAUGCUGUAUGUAGAGAAAAUUGCAGACCACUGGAGAAUACUUGUUUGCAUCUAUACAUCUGCAGGGACAAUGGGAUGUUGAUGGCAGUGACUAUUUUACAAAGGGCUUGUUUGGUUUAUUUAUUAACUGUACAGUAUUUAAAAAUCAAGCAAUGCUUUAAAUAUUACACUAAACUGGUUGUAGAUGUCAUUGCCAUAAUAAUCCAACUACUGUAAGAUUAAGUUCCAGAGAGACAAUUUUCCAUGUAAACUACAUUGGUUAGAGUGCUUAGAGUAUUUUUAUUUUGUUUUGGUUGAUGUGCAAUAUGUUUUGUAUGGACAUAGUUGAUAAAUAAAGUUUGAUCUUCCAUCUUCUGACAAAACACAAACAAAUGUUUUCAAAUUUAAUAUUGCAACAAGUGAUUUCAAAAAUCAGUUGUAUUUUUUCUCUCAGAACAAUUUAAAAUGCUUUCUAUAUACUCACAUUAAACCAUACAAAAUAUAGUACUUGAAGGAGAACACUCUAGGAUGAGAAUGCAAGAAAAUGGGGAAUCCUGAUGUAUUUUUGAUCUUGUUGCUAUAAUUUUUGGGAAUAGUAGAUUUGUUAGAUUGUAUUCUUGUCUUGGUUUAGGAAUUUCCCAGUUCAUGGUAGAGAAGUAGUUAGUAACUGAUGCACUCUAAUAAGACAUAGAAAAUGUACAAAACCCUCAUCUUAUCCUGGCCUGUUUGAGAAAGAAACUUCCUUGCAUCUUUCUACUUAUUUGUACCCCACCUUCAUAUUCUGGCAAUGAGGUGCACAAUGAAAAUGGCAGUUAACAAAUAAUAAGUAUCUUGAUAUAGAUGAGCUUUUUAUUGAAAUCUGAAACUUCAGACCCACUUACUAUUUAGAAAAUUCGUUGAGAAUUUUGCUCAAAUUAAUCACUGUUUAAUUAUGGAUUCUGGCUAUAACAUGUGCUCUGAUUCUUCCAUGACUCAUUUCUUAUUGUAUAGGUACCACACACAUUUACUUGGCAUUAUUUCAAUAUAUUUGUUGCCAUAGCAUUGAAGUGCAAUGCCUAUUGGAUAUAUUUGCACUCCACAAUCUGCAUUUGCUCAAUGGAAUGAAAUGGUGAGAAGUUUCUAAAACCUCAACCAACCAUCUACAAAUUAAAACAUUUUGGUUAACAUGUUUCAUUUGAAUAGCAUGGCUCCCCUCUCAGAAAACAAUGUACCAUGCUGAGAUUUGGUUUUAGCUGAAGGAUGGAGUUUGUUUACCUUGUGUAUGGAAUCUGCCCUUUCAUACAACUUGAAUAACAGUAACCAUUUACAAGAGAUAAAUUAAUGUUUCCCAGGUAUGUUUUCAUACUCAACAAUGAGAUGUGAUUUAAUGCCAGGAUUUUGCUCUGGGUCAGACUCUACUGCAAAUGAUGUCAGUGUAAUAUAUAAAGGAACUUGUGCUUAAGUGCUAACCAAAAACUAAAAAGUAGAUUCUCUCUCAAUUAUCUUAUUGUUUUCGGUUUCUGAAAUGUGCUGUUUGGUAAUUGUUUCUGCUAUUAGUAAGGGCAAUAUAUUUUGACUUGAUUGGACAGCGCUUUGAGGUUCACAAAGUCAUGUAAUCCCUUAACUAUUACUGAUUUGCCCAGCAUUUAUGCUUGGGCAACUGCUCCCACAUCAUACAUCAGGUUAGACAAUUUCCUUUUCUUUCUCUGGGGCCUUAGUGUGCUAUUUUACAAUGACUAUACUUUUCAAUAAACUGCUUUUUAUAUUUUCUUGACCAUCACCUCUUUCUAAAUACUGAAGUGAAGAACAUAUUUAGUACUUCAAGUUUCUUUUGUAAUUCAUUGUAUUCUCACAUGUUCUAUCUUAAAUAUGGAAUGUUUACAAAUAAUUGAGUACUUAACUUUUAUAACAAUUGCUUAUGGUGAACUAUGUGUAAUUUAACUUUUUGGAGAAAUGCCUUGCAUCAGCAAACUCAUUCUAAGAAGCUGUGCGCUGGUACUUCCUGUAGCAGUAAUUAGUCUGAAGAACAGACUAAUUCAAUGCUUGUAUCAAUUUUUAAAAUUUAUGCUCUUGCAUAUUUAUAGGCAGCUUUUAUAUUACAAAUGAGAAAAGUCAAUUAUUUUGGUCAUAUUAGACCAUAAGAGCAGAAUUCGGACAUUCAGCCUAUCAAGUCUGCUUCAGCAUUCAAUCCUUCUCAACCCCAUUCUCCUGCCUUCUUCCUAUAACCUAACGUAGAACAUCAAAAUCUACAGCACAUUACAGGCCCUUUGGCCCACAAUGUUGUGCCAACCAUGCAACCUACUCUAGAAACUGCCUAGGAUUUCCCUAGUGCAUAGCCUUUUAUUUUUCUAAGUUCCAUAUUCUAUCCAAGAGGCUCUCAAAAGACCCUAUUGUAUCUGUUUCCACCUCCGCUACCAGCUGUGCAUUCCAUGCACCCACCACUCUUUGUGGAAAAACUUACUGACAUUCCCUUGGUACCUGUUUCCAAGCCCCUUGUGUUAGCUAUUUUGGCCCUGAAAAAAGCCUCUGCCUAUCCACAUGAUCAAUGCCCCUCAUCAUCUUGUGCACCUCUGUCAGGUCACCUCUCAUCUUUCGUUGCUCCAAGGAGAAAAGACCAAGUUCACUCAACCUAUUCUCAUAAGGCAUGUCCUCCAAUCCAGGCCACAUCCUUGGAAAUCUCCUCUGCACUCCAUAGUAUCCACAUCCUUCCUGUAGUGAGGUGACCAGAACUGAAUACAUAACUCCUAGUGGGGUCUGAGCAAGGUCUUGUAGAGCUGUAACAUUACCUCAUGGCUCCUGAACUCAAUCCCAUGGUUGAUGAAUGCCAACACACCAUACGCCUUCUUAAAAACACUGUCAACGUGUACAGCAGUUUUGAGUGUCCUAUUGACACAGACCCCAAGAUCUCUCAGAUGCUCCACACUACCAAAAGUCUCACCAUUAAUAUUAUAUUCUGUCUUCAAAUUGGGCCUACCAAAAUGAACCACUUCACACUUACCUAGGUUGAAGUCCACUUGCCAUUUCUCAGCCCAGUUUUGCAUCCGAUCGAUGUUCUGCUGUAACCUCUGACAACCCACAACAUCCCCAAAAUUUGUGUCAUCAGCAAACUUACUAACCCACACUUCUACUUCUUAAUCCAGUUUAUUUAUAAAACUUACAAAGGGGAUGAGUCCUAGAACAGAUCAACUUCUGUUUUAAAUUUACUCAAAUCAUUUGGCCUCUACAAUUGUCAGUGGCAAUGAAUUUCAGAGACUCACCACCCUCAAAGAAAUUCUAACUAUUGGCAUGAAGUUAGUUGUCAUUUUGCCUUACAAUUCUGGCAUAUAU